GAAAAAUAAAAAUUCUUAAACACGUUUUUACUCUUAACUAAAUGAUCAAUGCGAAGGUCACUCAUAAUCACUUUCUUCUGUGGGAGAUUAGAGUUUAGACCAGAGAUUUCUCCAUUCCAGUUAUAUUAUUAAUCAACAUUGCUGGCUGACAGUUAAGGAAUAUGCUUCUUCUUUGGAUAAUUCACUGCUUCUCUGCAGUAAUUACGAUUGUCAAAUGUGCGCCUCUUCCUCUGAAGAUAAUCGAUCUGAGCUACACGUUCGAUGAGAUGACUCCUUACUGGCCCACUCAAAAGAAAUUUGAGUUGAUCGUGACAGUAAAUGAGACACAAGAAGAAGGAUAUUGGCUACAAAUGGAGGAAUAUUCUUCAGCCAUUCAUGUCGGAACACAUAUGGAUGCCCCAUGUCAUUUUGCGAAGGGCCGAUGGACCGUGGACCAGAUUCCUCUUGACCACCUCAUUGCCCCAGCAGCUGUGAUUGACAUCAAACAACGCGCCGAAGAGGACAGAGAUGCUUUGGUGCAAGUGAGCGAUUUCGAGAACUGGGAGAUGUUGUCAGGCGAGAGGUUAGAUGAACAUAUCGUCAUGAUACGAUCGGGUUGGGGUAGUAGGUGGAGAGACAGAGAAGCUUUUGUGGGAACUGCCGAUAACGAUACGACUAAGUUUCAUUUUCCUGGCAUCUCCAAAGAAGCUGCCGAGUGGCUGGCAGAUAAAAGACGUGUCUAUGGAGUAGCAUCAGAGACUUUAUCUUUAGACAACGGACCGUCCCAAGAUUUGAUAGCUCACAGGACUCUUUUGGACAAAAAUAUUUAUGGUCUGGAGAACGUUGCCAAUAUGGAACAGAUGCCCUUGUACGGAGCAACUGUGUAUGUAAUGCCGAUGAAAAUCGGCAGUGCAAGUGGAGCUCCAACAAGGAUUAUUGCUACUUUUCCAAAGAUUUUGUUCGCCAAAGAUGGUAGAGGAGUCACUGAGAGAUCAUUGAGAGAAGUCAUUAUUUUCAAUAAGUAGAACUCAAGAUUGGUUCAAGAAAAGAGAAAAGAAGAAAAAGAAAUAAGAAAAAAAGAAAUUAACUUCAGAUUCUACAAAAAAUUUUGUAUUUACAUUUUUAAUAUUUUCAAGUUUUAUGAUAUUAAUAAAUAUUUCAUGUGAA